CUUUCACCGCAGCAUUUCUGGAGUGGUAACGACGUAAGUAGCGCCUGAGCCGGACAAACCUUGACUAUCCGGGCAAUAACAGGGGUCUGGUUUAGAGGAUUUUCAUCAUCAUACUCCAGGUCUUCCGCACAAGGUGGACAAGAGCAGGACAUACGCCUCAGUCUAGAACAAUCUCUCCGACAAAUCCUCGGUGAUUUGCAGAAGGUCAGAUAACAUAUCGAGACUGGUCUUGUGUAUUUCUCCUUGCAGACAUCAUGCCAUCAACACUGCCGCGGCCGCCGUACGACGUCGAGCUCGAACCGGCAUUAGCUGCAACUCCGAUUCCUCAUACAAUAACCCGGUCACAGAUCCCACUUCUUCGUGGAACGAAACCCAGCGCCGGCUCAGCUCAUAUCAACGCGAACUUUGCUCACGAGGAGAUACCACUCACUCUACCCAGCGGAGAGAUUGUUCUGUCCGUCUGGCGACCUCGUUCCGCCGGGAUGAUCAUGGCAAAUCGUUUUGCGGGCAUUAGGGAGAUCCUUGACUAUCUUCAAGAACACAAUGCUGUUUGUGUCUCCGUCGAAUACCGCCUCGCGCCGGAACAUGAAGAUCCAGUCCCGCUCGAAGACUGCUAUGCGGGACUGGUCUGGGUGGCCGAAAACGCUGCGACUCUAGGCAUUGACCCGACCGCAUGUGGAGGGCUGGCAGCGGGGGUAUGUCUCCUUGCCCGAGACCGGGGCGGACUAAAGAUAAGCGCUCAAAUGCUGCUGGCUCCAAUGCUUGACGACCGCAACGAUACCAAAUGCCUCCUUGGACAGCGGUACGGAAGCGAUUCUAUCAGCAUCUACACUUCGCCGAGCCGGGCGGUUGACCUCUUCGGUCUGCCUAUGGCCUACGUUGAUGUCGGUUCUGCAGAAAUCUUCCGAGACGAGGCCGUUGCCUACGCCACAAGGUUGUGGCAUUGCGGCGUCCAGGCUGAGUUACACGUCUGGCCGGGGGCUUUCCAUGCCUUUGAUCUCUUGGCUCCCACGGCAGCGAUCUUAACAGCGAGGGGGGAGUGGAUCCGUCGCGUUAUAUCUCGGUUAGGUGGAACUUCCUGA